GACGUCCGUGUUUAUGCUUUAGCGUGUGUUUACGUUGCAUCCAGCAUCCUAAAAUAAUGACGAUAUUUUCCAGUCAGAGAUCGAAUCACAGCAAAUGAUUUAACCGUGUUUGUAGAUGGUGCAGUAGAGUGUCCUGAAGACUCCAGAUUCUCCACUUCCUCCCCCUCUUGAUCCAGACCCAUAUAAUGUGGCCCCUCUAUACCUAUCAUCACCUGCUAGCCUUUCUCCUCACGUUCCUCAGCUAUGUCCUGCUUCACUCAUCACGAAAGACUUUUAGUAAUGUGAAAGUGAGCAUCUCAGCACAGUGGACGCCAUCAGCAUUGCAGCAGAAUGGCAGCACUUCAUCUUUGUCUCCUGGGGAGACAUGGGAGGAAAACAAACUGUUUGCUGAUGUGGGAGAGGCCACACUGUUCCUGGGUGCUCUGGACUCAAUCUUUCUCUUCUCUUAUGCUAUGGGUUUGUAUAUCAGUGGAGUAAUUGGUGAUCGGUUCAACCUUCGCUAUGUUCUGACCUUUGGUUUAUGUGGAUCCGCUGUCACGGAAUUUGUGUUUGGCACUUUGACAGAGUGGCUUCACUUUUAUAACAUGUACUUUUACUGCAUCUUGUGGGUGAUAAAUGGACUGCUGCAAUCUACAGUUUGGCCUUGUGUUGUGGCCAUCAUGGGCAACUGGUUUGGAAAAUCUGGGCGAGGCUUUAUUUUUGGACUUUGGAGUGCAUGUGCGUCCGUGGGGAAUAUUCUGGGUGCGUUUCUUGCCUCCAGUGUCCUGAAGUAUGGCUAUGAGCAAGUCUUCCAGGCCCUGAAACAGUGCCAGACCAUCACACUACCACCACCAUAUUUUACUGCUGGACUAAGUGACUACUCUGAGACAGGUCUGAGAUCAGUGACAAGAGACUCAGACAGUCAGCGUCCUCUGAUGAGUGAUGAUGAAGAUGAGUUAUGUGAUGAUUACUCCAUACAGCAGCGGGAUGAGGAGCCUGAACCACAGCCCAAAGCCAUCGGCUUUCUCCAGGCCUUCUGCCUGCCAGGAGUCAUUCCUUAUUCUCUGGCCUAUGCAUGUCUGAAGCUGGUCAACUACUCUUUCUUCUUCUGGCUUCCAUUUUAUCUCAGCAACAACUUUGGCUGGAAGGAGGUUCAGGCCGACCGGCUAUCUGUGUGGUAUGAUGUGGGAGGCAUUGUUGGAGGAACAGUACAAGGCUUGAUCUCAGAUGUUUUGGGAAAGCGAGCUCCUGUGUUAGCGAUCAGUUUGCUGCUGGCCAUGGGAGCGUUAGUGGGAUACAGCCACUCUCCAAAUAACCAGCUGGUAAAUGGAGCUCUUCUAGCAACAACAGGUUUCCUUAUCGGAGGCCCAUCAAACAUAAUCAGUUCAGCGAUUUCUGCAGAUUUGGGUCGACAGGAAGCACUGCAGAAUAGUCAGGAGGCUUUGGCCACAGUCACAGGAAUAGUGGACGGCACAGGCAGCAUUGGAGCUGCAGGGGGACAGUAUCUGGUAUCACUUAUUGAGAGCAAAUUAGGAUGGAUGUGCGUCUUCUAUUUUUUCAUAAUCAUGACAGGGUGCAGUGUACUCUUCAUCAUUCCACUCCUUUACUAUGAAAUCCGCUCCUUGUGCCGAGACAGUCAAGCUCGAACGCAUCAGCUCUGAGUUGGACUUCCUUUGCCUGAAUCUGAAUGGAAAAAUAGGGACAUUUUGAAAAUACAGACAUCCUAUUUGAGAAUUCACCCUCUGUUUUGGAAUGUUGCUUUCAGCAACAGAAACCUUACAUUAAGUCUGGGUACUCCAUAUCAAGGCAAUGUUCAGACAGGCAGAAAAUAUGUGGUUUUUCUUUUAUUAAAGGGGUCAUAUGAUGCGAUUUCAAUUUUUCCUUUCUCUUUGAAG